UGAAUUUAAAAUGGAAUGAAGUUACGCACCAGACAAAGUCCCUCAGCACAGGUUAACGUUCUUCACUUUCUCCACCGUGGACCACUGCGUCGGAAGUCGCUCUCGGUGAUUGGUGUCCACUAGAAAUGGAAAAUCCCACCACCAUCAGCUUCGUCUCAUCCUUCUGCUCAUUAACAUGUUAAUGAUUAUUUCCAAUUCCUUGUCUACAUCCAAAACCUAACUCAAAUAUCCAAGAACCCUAGAAAUCCCAACCUAAAUUAAACCCUGUAAACGAGUAUUCAAAGCCCCGGGGUUUGGGGAUUUAAACCUCCUCUCCGUCUUCUACAUCUCAGUAGUUAGAAUUGAAGAAAUAGAAGGUUUUGGAACUUACCGUGGCCGAAGGAGGAUGAAGAUGAUGAUGAACACCGGUGAAAUACUAUUUCCAAUCUGCUACAGGACAACAUGGAAUGACGUGUUGCUCAUGGUCUGCAUACAUAGCUAGGCUUGUGAUAACAGAAGUGAAUUCCUACAGGUGUAGUUCUACAUGAUGGUCUAUUGCAGGGUUUGCAUUUGGCUUUUGCUAGCAAGACUAGGCUUUGUUUUUUACUCAUGUUUCAUGGUAAGCUGACAUGGUUCUGCAGAUUUUUGCAAGGUGUGGUUCUGACUUGCUUUUGCAGCAUGCCAUUGCAGAAUGAUUCAUGGUUUUACUGCAUUGUGGUUUGUGGCUUACUGACUCAAACUUAUGGUUUGCAACAUCAUGAUAUGGCAUUGCAUAUUGUUGUUGCAAGUCAGGUUUGUAUUGUGCAUCAUGCUCUGAACAUGGUAUGCAACAGGUCAUGUGCAACUUGGUGUAGCUUGGCAUGUUCUACAAUGUUGUUGCAAGGUCACAUGCACAUGGAGGUUGGUUAAACAAGGCAACAUGACAUCAAAGUUGGAAUUUUGAAGCAACAUGCAUAAAUGCAAACCAAAGGACCAUGAUGGAUUUUGAAUGAUUAGGAAAGAAGUUUAGGUUUUAGGAUGGGAAUUUAGGGGUUUUUUAGGAUUGGGUUGACUUUGGUCAAAGUUGGUCAAAAAGUCAACGGGUGACCAAAGUCAAUAUUUGGUCAACAUAUCUUUUUUUGUGUGUAAUCUUUCAUGUAUGAACAUUUCAUGAAUAUGUAAUGAAUAAAAUUGAUAUAUUUUUUAACGAAA